GUCUUUUCCUAGUAUGCUGCAUAAAAGUCCAAAAUCAUCGAAAGGUGGUUUGUUCAAAGGUGGAUUGAAAUUGUUCGUCGCUAUCGAAGUUACGGGCUUCAUCGGCGCCUUCAUCGCUUGGCAACAACUCAAAUCAUCCAGAGAUUUCAGGUUUACUCUGUACAAGAAAUUUCCAUCCCUACUAGAUAAAUUUUAUUCAUUCGAAGAAUAUACUACUCCAACAAAUAAUAUCCGAAUCUUAGACCAACAAAUUUGGGAGAAAGAGCGCAAACUGGCUCAAUGAUUUACUGUUUCCCAUGGCGUUUAUCAAGUCAGUGUUUUGGUUGAUUGGUUGUACUGGAUUCUCUUGGGUCUUGCUUCAAUCUAUAACACCCAACGAUUCUGAACUCAGAAAGCAAUUACCACAGGGCCAAGGUGAUAUUUACAAAAGAGCUGCUUUUGUAGCGGUACUUGAAAGAGCUGCAACCGGUGGCACUUCUGUACGCACAGAAGAAAGAUCAAACAUCUCCAAAUAGCCAGACAACCUGAACACAAUUAGAAAAUCAGACACAGCCCAGUGAUGGACUCGACAUCACUGAUUGAGGGUAGCCUACCCGAUCGCAUCACCAAGCGAGAUCGUGAGCGCAAGAAUGUGAUUGAAAAACGAAGAGAAGAAAGACAGCAGCUUGCCGUAGAAUCUGAACAGGCUAGUUAUUUUAAAGAUGCUUUUUACGCGACGUGCAAGACAAUUAAAGAUUUACUCGACAACGCAUGUACCGCCUCACCUACCGUACUUCCUAGUAUUUUUGACAAAGCAAACAAAGAGAUACAAACUCUGAAGAACUUUCUUUCCCAGUCCAAAAUGUUUUUGAAAGUUUACGACAUUAGAAGAGCACAAGAAAAUUUGCAAUUACUUGAAAUCGAAGCUGACGAACUAGAGCUCAAACUAUUGCCAAAGAAGAAAUUCGGUUUUAAAAAUCGUCGUGUUUUGAAAAAACCCUCUGAAAAAUGUCACGACGUCACAGAUGGCCUAAAAGACCUGAAAAUAUCAGACAGCAUUGUCAACAGUACGUCACACCAAAAUAAUAAACUUUCAAGCAAGUAUGGCGACAGUGCUCUCAUGAUAAUGGGAAAAACUGACGAAAAAAUUAUUCUUGAUACGGAAAAUGUGAAUAAAAAUGAUGUACUACUCUCUGAUUUGACGGGUUGUAUGAUCCGGAUUUAUGGAGCACCAAGUACGCUGCAUAUGGUCAAUCUCCGAAAUUGCACAGUUUUAGUAGGCCCAGUUUCUUCGUCUGUAUUUGCUGAAAGAUGUAACGCCUGUUCCCUUGCUUUUGCUUGCCAGCAACUUAGAUUGCAUACCUCUAUAAAUUGUGACGUUUACUGUCACGUGACAAGCAGAGCCAUCAUAGAAGACUGUUUCAAAAUACGUUUCGCACCCUACAACUGGUGUUACGAUGAUCUCUCGAUCCAUUUUCAAUUGGCUGGACUAGACCAGAAAAUCAACAAUUGGCAUUUGGUGGACGAUUUUAAUUGGUUAUCUAACGAAAAACACUCGCCGAAUUGGUCGAUCUUGGACCCUGAAUUGAGAGUUAAAUCUUGGGAUUAAUCAAAACGCUAUGAAUUAAAGUAAAUUAAUUAGUUAUUAGAAACUAGAUAUUGAAUUCCUUUCACAUUAGCUAUCAAUAUACUUACCUCAAUAAAUUAUUUACACAUGUACUUGGCUUUUUCAAAAAAAUACAAUACACCCCAUCGCAA